AUGAGUGCCGCGCAGGCCAUGCUGGCAUCCACGACGCGCAUGCUGCGUGCCAGCUGGCGUGACGGCUUCUGCCGCGAUCUGUACGCCGACUUCAACAGCCUCACCCUGGCCAUCACUCUGGAGGCGCUGUUUGGGGCGCGGAUGGCGGCGGGGGAGGACGCCGCGGGGCGCGGCAUCACGGACGCCAUCCGCGAGGCCUUCCGCUUCUUCGCCGCGCGGGGCGCCUCCGCGCUGGCGCUGCCCGAGUGGCUACCCACCCCCGGCAACCUGCGCUUUGCCGCCGCGGUGGCGCGCCUGGAUGCUGCGGUGCUGGGCCUGAUCGCGCAGCGGCGCAGGGAGCUGGCGGCGGCGCCGCGCCCGCCUGGCGACCUGCUGGACAGCCUGCUGCUGGCUGCUGACGAGGCGGGGCAGGGCAUGGGGGACCGCGCGGCUCGGGACGAAGCCAUGACGCUGCUGGUGGCAGGCCAGGAGACGUCUGCCAUUGUGCUGGGCUGGGCCUGCGCCUACCUGGCGCACCACCCCGAGGCGCAGGCGGCGGCGGCGGCCGAGGUGGCGGCGCGGGUGGGCGCGCGGCCCCUGCAGGCGGCGGAUGCCGGGCGGCUGCCGUGGGUGGAGGCUGUGGUGCUCGAGGCGAUGAGGCUGUCGCCGCCUGCCUACCUGGUGGGGCGGUGCGCGGCGGAGGCCACCAACCUGGGAGGGUACCACCUGCCGCGAGGCACCACGGUGCUGGUCAGCCCCCACCUGCUGCACCGCGACCCGCAGCAUUGGGGCCCCGACGCCGCCGCCUUCCGCCCAGAGCGCUGGCUGGAGCUGCAGCGGGCGCAGCUGGAGCAGGGGCAGCCGGGCACGCAGCAGGGCGUGGGCGGCUCCCAGCAGCCGCCGGCGGGCUGCCCCCACGCAGCGGCGGCCGGCAACGGCGGCAGCGGUGGGGGAGGAGGGGUCAGUGGUGGCGGCGAGCUGGGCGGCAGCGGCAUGGCUUUCCUCACCGGCAUGGGCCCCCACGGCGCCUACAUCCCCUUUGGCGCCGGCCAGCGCAACUGCAUCGGCACAGGCGAGGCCUUGCGUGGAGAGUGCUUUGCGCUGGCAGGCACCGCUCCCCACCUGAAGCCUGCUGUUGGCCUGGAGCCUCUCACCCACACAGACCAGCCGCUCCUGCCGCCGCUCGCCCUCCCCGCAGGCUUUGCUAUGCUGGAGGCGGUACUGGUGGUGGCGUCCAUACUGCAGCAGUACAGGCUGGAGCCGCUGCCGGGGGCGCCCUUCCCGGCCGCCAGGCCGCAGAUCACGCUGCGUCCCGACAGCGUGCGCCUGCUGCUGCGCCGGCGCUAG